AUGAUUGCCGAUGACACAGACACGAAGACGGGAGAUGGCACCUACGCGCUACACAAGGCCGUAUGGCGGCGCGAUGUGGACAAAUUGAAGGAGCUGCUCGAUUGCCAAUCGAAGGAUUCAGAGCUGGACAUCAACGAACGCGAUUGCCACGGCAACGCGCCUCUCCAUCUGGCCAUUCAUUUUCGUUACCGCGACAUCGUUCAUCUGCUGCUCGAUCGCGGGGCCGACCCAACGUUCAAGAAUGGCAGCAUGUGGUCGCCCCUGCAAGAGGCCGUCGCGUCAGGCGAUCGCAAGCUGGUGAUGGACAUCAUGCUCGCCGUCAAGGACCACGUCAACGAUGAAUUCGUAAAGCGAACGCCCCACCUCACCACCGCCCUGCACAAGCUUCCCGACUUCUACAUGGAGAUACACUGGGAGUUCAAGAGCUGGGUGCCCCUCGUCUCACGCCUCUGUCCGUGGGACACGUACAAGGUGUGGAAGCGAGGAGCAUCUAUUCGAGUAGACACAACGCUCGUGGGGUUCGAGAACAUGAAGUGGAUGCGAGGCAACAUCUCCAUCUUGUUCAAGGGCGAAGAUGGUGGGCAAGUGAUGAUCCUGGACCACGACAACAAGACAAUCGAACACGCCAUGCAAAGUUUGGCCGGACUCAACAAGGCGGACCUCAACAAGGACGUCAACGAGGCACUGUUGCAUAUGUUCGCGCAGGUGAUGGUGCACAGCCUUCUACGACCGAUGCCGCGGACGGAGAAGAUCACGUUCUCGCCCAAGAUGGGCUGGCUCUGGGGAGAGAAACGAGAAACCGUGGGAGAAUGGGACGCCAAGCUGUACGAGGUGGACGGAUUCGAGUACAUCACGCGCCACCGAAACUCGAAAAAGAAGAAGAAGGGACACCCGUUCCCGCAGGAAGAUCCCUUUGGCAACAUGGACUACGAGACCUACUUCUCCACCUCGUCCAAGGACAUGGACAAAGGGAUGAAAGGCGAAGGGCUCUCGUAUCCUUCAGAGUUCAUCAGCGAGAAGAAGCGCUGCUUCAAGGGGACCUUGUGGCUGUCGGCUGAUUUCCCGAGGAAGGUGGAAGACCUGAUGCCCGUGUUCGAGGUCCUCUCGCCACGAAACAAGCACUUCCAGAAGCUCCAGGAUUUUGUCAAGCUCCUGCCCACCGACGGCUUCCCCGUCAAAGUCGAGGUGCCCGUCUUCCCGACACUCUCGGGCUUGGCCUCCUUUGGCAAGUACGAGGAAACGGAACUCGACGAAUCACUUUUCGUCGUCCCCUCCAACUAUUCCAUCAAGGGCGCUGCGGGCAAGUGA